GCGGGCGCCGCACGGCCCCACAGCGUCCAUUUUGCGGUGUAGCUGCGGGAGAGCGGCCGGAGGCUCCGCAGGGUUUCCCCUCAGAAUGUCGUACCCGGGUUACCCCCCUUCUGGCGGCUAUCCUGCGUUCCCUGGCUACCCUCCAACAGGGCAGGAGUCCGUGUACCCGCCGGCCGGCCAGUACCCGUACCCCGCGGCUCCCGGGGGAUACCCUCCCGCUGCGCCCCCCGCUGCCGGCUACCCAGCAGCCUACCCUGCCCCGGGGGGCUACCCUGGAGCCACGCAGGCUGCAGGAAUGCCGCCUUAUCCUGGAGCUCCCGCAGGCUCUGGGUUCGGUGUUCCUCCCGCCGGCCCUGCCUUCGGGGGCUACCCACAGCCUCCUGCCCAGAGCUACGCUGGAGGUGGACCAGCACAAAUCCCAGUAGGGUAUCCCGGUGGACAAGCACCAUCUCCGAUGCCUGGCCCGCCCGCAGCCAUGGUUCAGUCCACCCAGGGCACAAUCCGAGCCGCCCCCAACUUCGACGCCGGCCGGGACGCGGAAAUCCUACGCAAAGCUAUGAAGGGCUUUGGGACUGACGAGCAGGCCAUCAUUGACGUGGUCGCUAACCGCUCCAACGACCAAAGGCAACAGAUCAAGGCAGCUUUCAAGACCAUGUACGGCAAGGAUUUAAUUAAAGAUCUGAAGUCUGAGUUGAGUGGGAAUGUGGAAGAGCUGAUUCUAGCCCUCUUCAUGCCAAGCACCUACUACGACGCCUGGAGUUUACGUCACGCGAUGAAGGGAGCAGGCACCCAGGAGAAAGUGCUGAUUGAGAUCCUUUGCACAAGGACAAACCAGGAAAUACGCGAAAUAGUGACGUGCUACAAGGCAGAGUUCGGAAGGGACAUCGAGGAGGACAUCAGAGCAGACACCUCGGGGCACUUUGAGCGACUGCUUGUAUCUAUGUGCCAAGGUAACCGGGAUGAGAAUCAAACUGUGGAUUACCAAAAGGCUCAAGAAGAUGCUCAGCGUCUGUACCAAGCAGGUGAAGGGAAGCUGGGGACUGAUGAGUCUUGCUUUAAUAUGGUUCUGGCAAGCAGAAGCUUUCCCCAACUGAAAGCAACAGUCGAGGCGUACUCCAGGGUUGCCAAUCGCGACUUGCUGAGCAGCAUCGACCGGGAGUUUUCUGGAAACGUGGAACGUGGCUUGAAGACUAUUUUGCAGUGUGCUCUGAACCGCCCGGCCUUCUUUGCAGAGAGACUCUAUCACUCCAUGAAGGGAGCUGGCACGGAUGACUCCACCCUCAUCAGGAUCAUCGUCAGCCGCAGCGAGAUUGACCUCGUGCAGAUUAAGCAGAUGUUCACACAGCUGUACCAGAAGCCCCUGGCUGCAAUGAUCUCCAGUGACACGAGCGGCGACUACCGGCGCUUGCUGCUGGCCAUCGUUGGGCAGUAGGGCGGCCGGGGCCGGGGGUUUGCUCUCCUUUUUUAAAGCCAAGGGUGUGCAGCUUGCUUCCUGCACACACCCUCUCCUCGUGUGCAAAACACAUCAUUUUCAACCAUGUGCAAUCAAACAGCCCCCUUGCUGAUUCCGUGAGCUUGUUGCACUUCCAACCGCCUUAAUUUACAGCACAGUCUCUCCUCUGUUGUAUAAUAAAAGAGAUAUCUUGUCUAGGA